CCAAGCCUGGACAUACGAGAUUCUUACCAGACAUUACUUUUCAAAUAUCUAACUAUUACUCUCCGCAACUCUGCCAUCGAGACCUCAAUUAUAUAAAAAGUUCCACUAACGCCGACACCGACACCAAAAUCCCUUAUCUCCAACCACCUUCUCCCGCCUGUCCUCCCCCUAAAUACUCUGCCUCCCAACCAUGGCCAAAGACAAACGAACCGUCAAUCCCGCUACCGCGCACCUCAAAUCCCAAAAGUCCCGCGCCCUCAAAAAGUCCAAGGCCGCACAAGCCACCGCCCGCGAGGAGCGCCUCGCCCACAAGAACCCCGUCCGCCUCGACCGCCGCAUCGCCGAACUGAAGGAUACGCCCGACCUUAAGCCGCGCGAGCGCGAGGAGCUGGCAAAGUUGGAAAGGGAUGUGGUGAUGAUAAGGAGGGCACGGGAGAAGCGGGGGGAGGAGGAGGAGGAGGAGGGGAAGACAGAUACGCGAGAGCGGAAGGGGGAUCAGCGGAGGGAUAGGGAGGAGGGAGGCGUGUUAGGGAAGCGGCGGAGGGAGGGCGAGUGGGAGGAUCGGCGGCCACGCUGGGAAGGUAGGAGAGACCGCUUGGAGCCGGAGAGUAGCGACUCGGACGAAGAGGCGCGGAUGAUCCCGAUGCCGAAGGACGUGGAGAACAUGCCGCCGGUCCCGCGCCGUCGCGGCCCAGGACGCCGUCCGGACGAGCGCGGACCUCCUGAUGACAAAGGCCCCGACGCACCGCAGGGGACGCAUGCGCUGCCCGCGAAACCGGUCGUCGCGGCGCCGCCGCAGACGGUGUAUGAGGGGAAGGCGGUGCUACGGGACUUGCGGAAGGAGGCAACGCGGUUCGUGCCGGCGGCGGUGAGAGGGAAGAUGGCGGCGGCGAGGGGGGAGGGGCGAUUGGUGGAGCCGGAGGAGGCGGAGAGAUUGGAGAGGGAGGGGUAUUUGCGUGGGAAGAGGGGGGAAAAGGAGGAGUUGGUGGUGUUGGGUGAUAAGAGUGGGAGGAGGGGGGAGUUGGAGGCUGAGGAGGAGCGGUUUGAGAGGGAGAUGAGGGAGGUAGAGGGGAUGGGGGGGGAUGCGGAGAUGGCGGUGGAGGCGGCGGAGGGGGAGGCGGUGGCGCGGAUGAUGGUGGGGAAAGCGGAGGGGAGGUUCGUGGAUGAGGGACGGGCUGCAGAGCGGGCGUUGCGGCAUGUAGAGAUUGAGGACGUGGAGGAUGAAGAUGGGGGUUAUUAG